AGUGUUGAAGAAGUGAAUUAUUCAAUGUUCUUGGCUGUCUGCACUGAAUUUAUUGCUUGAGGGAAUAGUGUAGUCUCUGAUUUAAGAUUCCAUGUGACAAAAUAGUGCUGGAUUAGUAUAUUCCUCCAAGAAAAUAAUCACAGCUUUGUUACAGUUACUUAUGUUGAUAAUAAGUACCAUAUCAUUUUUUACCUGUACAGGACACUGGCUAUGUGGGUAGGUUUUUUUGUUAUUCUGAAAACAUCUAUAGAAGACUCCAAUAUAGGAAAAAAAGACAUAAUGGAACAAUAUGAGAGGAAUUAUAGAUAGGAUGUAUAGUCUAUUCUAAUGCUCAUAUUUAUAUUAGAAGAGGGGAAGGAAUAACACAGUGAAACAGUAGAAUGGAUGUUCGGUUCUACCCUGUUUUUGUACUUUGACUUAGUAUAGAAGUUAAUAACCCUCUAAUUCUUUUGUGUGGGGUAAUAGAGUUUCCAUAUGAUAACAAUCGCAGAGAGGCUGAGAGCAGAGUCCUCUGGCUGCUCAUGUGGCUUUGUGCACUGUGCUGUUAACUCUUGGCUGAUUAUGUCAACCUGGGUUGCAAGUAGAUGCGUGCUUAUUGAUCCUGGUCACCGUGGCUUUUGGGAGGUUUUUUUAUUAAUGUGUGUCAUCUAGGUUGUGUGACUGGAACAGUAAUGCCUGAUUUAAAAACACACGUUUUCAUUUUGAAGGUGGUGUGGCUCUCACCUUCCUUGGGCUUAAUUCAGAGCUGGGUGCUUGCCGUCUCUGAAAACAGGGUUACCAAACAAAAUGUUUUGACAUAAUAUUUCCCUGUCAGAGUGCUUAGGUUUCAGCAUCGCUCUCCUGCUUGUAUCUGGAAAGUGCUUCAAUGAGGAAACCACUGUUACAUCAAACACUAAUUCUUCAAGGCUUAGAAGAAUAAUAAUGGCAUGCAAAUUGUUUGCAAAUUGUCAAAGUCUUACUGCAUUAGUAAACUUAAACCAUUGGUAUGCUCAAACUGAUAAAUAGCACAACCGUUGAUGUUAUCCUGUAAAGGAAACUGUCUCAUCGGCACAGUCUGUCAUAUUACAAGUAAAAUUACCAGCCAAGAGUACAAUAUUGGAGUAAGUCUCUCUUACACUGUGUUUAGGCCAGCAAAAAUACUGUGUCUCUUUGUGGUCAGAGCUUAUGCCAACGCUCAGUGGAGAAGACUGCUCAGCUGCAUAUAGGGGGAUGGAGGAUGUUGCCAUUUUGAUUUUAGUACCACCUGCAGCAGCACGGGCUGCGCUGUUGCCCUGUGCAAGUCACGUGGGAUUCUAACGAGAGCAGAGAUCUUUCUGUUAUUGUAUUUCUCACAUAUCUCAGAGUUUGGGCAUAGCUAUUGGAGGAGUUUGGAACGUCAUGUGGAAAAUUAAGUAACAAAGCUUGUGUUUUAUGUUCUACGUCUUCCACUGCUACAUUGCUAGUUAUUUUCCUUACAAAUGUCACUCAAGUGAAAUUGAAAUAUCUGAAAAUGCUAUUACUCAUCUCAAAAGCUAGGUGUGGCUGGUAGGGGACUGGCUUCAAGCGCUGAAGUUCAGCUCUGUGUUGUUGAUGUAACUGUCAAAUAUUAAGCUCUUUUCUCUUGAGUAAUAACGAUGAAAUUGCUGGUACUUUCCAGGAGCCAAAAAUGUCUUCCAUUUCAUUUUUCUUGCUUUUAAUUUAGUGCAUUAUUUAUUAGUGACUAAUAUUAUUAAACAAAUACAUUUAACUUAAAAAAAAAAACCCACAAAUUAAUGCAUCUCUUUUUAAGCUGUAUGUUUUUCUGUAUUUGUUCAGUGGUCACAUGUGGAAUUUGGCUUCAGAAGUGAAGCAGACACCUUGAACAUACACAUUUCCACCAAGUAGAACUUCUGAGGAAGUGUUGAUCAGCUCAGCAGGUCGGUGUGCUCAGCAGUGGAAAUAUGCACAUUUGGGGUGCGUGUUUCACUUCUGGAGCCAAGUCCCAAAUCUCUCUCUUAAUUUUGAAGAAUGCACUGACUCUGUUUGUUAAAAUUAGCUGCUGACUUGCCCGAAGGCACAAAGAGUAUACUUUAACACAUGGGCCAUCUCUCCUACAUCUUGAAGGCUGGGAAAUAGAAAUUCUUUGCCCGUUUUAUAGCUUCUUGGCUAGUUCACCAUCCUCACAGACAAGAUGGCCUUAGUAAAUGUUUUCCUUCCUUUCUGGCCCGAUGCCUUGAGAUGCUUUCCCAUAGCCCUCUGUGGGUGGAGCACAUUCCCACUGUGGAACUAGUUUGUGUGUGCUCCCUUGAAAGUGGUCGAGGAAGGAAUUUUAUUUUAAAACUUUUAAGAAGCUAAAACAAAUGAUGUCUCAUGGUGUGGGAGGGGACCAAAUCCCAUCGGCUUCGUAGCGGGUGAUGCUGACUGGCAGGCUUCCUGGGUUUUCACUCCAGGCACUUUAUUAAAAGACAUGCCUAAGAUGUGAAGUUUUCUAUAUUAUAUCUAGGUGAGGAUUUUUGUUUAAAUGAAAGUUUGUCUUUAAAACAAAACACAUGCAAUUGCGACCUUAUUCCAACUGAAGUCUUCCAAGAUAAGCACUGAUAACAUUGAUAAGCAGCGCUUACUAAGCAGACUUCUAAGCAUUACCUGACACCCAGGCUGGAGGGGGGUGGGAAAAAUAUAAGACAAUAACAAGCAGUAAAUGCCAUCGUGUGUGUUUUUUAGGAGGAACAUCUUCCACUCUGAAAGUCUAGUGGUUCAUAGUCUUGCAGACUUGUUUUCUGAACUCGGGGUAGUGGUGUCUGAGUUAAUGGUACGAGUCUUUGCAAGUUACUCUAUAAAUAGUAUAAGCAUUGUGUAAUUUUAGUCAGGGUAUAGUCAGUUAAGCAUGAUGAUGAAUUAUCUCUGGAAAAAUGUAAAUCAUUUGAUAUCUUUAUAUAAAUUGACACAGGAGGAACACAUGAGUAGUGCAGUCUUAGUAUGUCUGUAUCUUUCAGAAAGAACUGCUUUUCAGUACUUCACUGAGAUAGCCUGAUGCUUGAGGAAAAAGUCUGGGUUGUCAUGUCACUUUAUUAGUGGUGCACAUAGUACCUUAAAAAUGCAGAACUGCAGCACGUCUGUUAAUAUAAUGAUGUAUUCUAUUUGCAAAGUAGCUCAUAAGUAAAAAAUGAAUGGCCCAGUUUAUUUUCUGAGUCAGGGAUAUUUCAACCUGUGGUCUUCAGACCCCUGUCACCUAGGCACCGCUUCUGUUCUACUUUCUAUGGACUCUAUACAGCAGAAACCCAAACACCUCGAUGGUGACAAGGCUUUAAUUCCAUUUUUUUUAUAAAGGAGGCCUGAACGGUUGGCUGUGGGGGAAAAAAGAGACUGAAAAAACACGGAUUUAACCUGACAGAACAGAGCAAACCUCCUUAGGUACCCAUAAUAUUAAAAGGACGGCUGGAAGCUUCUGCUAAUGCUUUCUUCUUAUCUUACAGUAUGUCCAAGCCAUUCGUUGAGAAAACCUGAUGAAGUGCUGCGUUUGUUAUUUUUUUUUUCCCAUUCAUGUCUGCUUCUCUCAGCUAUGGCUUCUGCUGGCUGUCAGCUGACUCGUGCUGCAUCUCCUAUCCUGUCUUCAUCCUACGCUCCUCUUGCAUGGCCCAGCUCUUCCACAUACAGCACAGAGAAAAAUAAAAGCUUUCAACUCACCCUUCACAUGUUCCAUCUCCCCUGGCGAUUUCUGUUUCCAGGCAGCGAAGUGACAGGGUAAUUCCUCUGAAAUGUUGCCUUACGCGACCUUUGGGCACAGAUUCUUCCUCUCUGAGGUCAAAUGACUGCCUGUUUGGCUGUCUUGGACAGCUACUGCUCCUCAUCUGAUUCUCUGCUUCCUCUUAAGUUCUCCUUUCCCUUCUAUCUCCUCACCUCCCUUAAACAUGCUUUCCCUCCAGCAGUCCUGCUGUUGCUGCUGUCCUUGCCUUCAUUUCAGCCGCCCCCUUCCUUACUUGCUCUGCUCACAAGUUAACACGUCCUCCACAUCUGCUUCCUCCAUGCCUCUGUUCUGCCUCUUCUGGAGAGGUCUGCUCAAACUUCCUCCAUUACAAAUUUCUUCUUUUUCCUUUUCUGCACAGCAUGCUCUCCCAGCCAUGCUGAUUCUCAGCUUGUUUGCUGUUUUGUCAUGGAUUUUUAUUAUUAUUUUUAGUUGUUCUUUAAGUUCUCUUCAGCUACUUUUACUGAGAAGAUCAUGUGCUUUACUCUUGGUGCAGAGCAGGCACUCACCUGCUUUUAAACCUCCAGUUUCUCAGUUUUUUCUCAGAACAGACUAUAGUAUUUGGCAGACAGUGGACUUCAGCUUCCUAUUCAUCAUGAGAUUGGCUGACAUCUAAUUCUUUAAUACCUUGAUUUCUUUGUUUGUAAACCAAAGCAGUUAUGCAUCACAGAUUGCAAAAAGUAGUUGCUUGAGUUUUAGAGCUCCAACUUUCUCUUACCAGAGCCGUUUUGAAGAAGUGGCUUUGAGAGAGAGCAGGAAACUUCCACUGUGCAGUGUGCUCUCAACCGUGGGCAGCUGAGAGCUCUGCCAUGCCUUGUGGGUCCAGCAGUGUUAAUAGCUGGAAAAUAACUUAAGGUCUUAAAGCAAAAUCCACCAAGUCUAAUGUAGUUACUUCAUAAACAGGAGAGGCUCGUUGCCCUGCGAUGCGUCAUGCUGAGGGAAAAAAUUUAACUUCAGUUGCUCUUCUACAACGGGUAGCAGAAUUGGAAAAGGUCAACGCAGAAUUUUUGCGCACAAAGCAGCAACUUGAGCAAGAAUUUAAUCAAAAGAGAGCGAAAUUUAAGGAGCUGUACUUGGCAAAGGAAGAGGACCUGAAAAGACAAAAUGCAGUGCUGCAGGCAGCCCAAGAUGAUCUGGGACAAUUGCGGACGCAACUUAUGGAGGCUCAUGCUGAAAUGGAAAACAUCAAAGCUAUAGCUACAGUAUCUGAGAAUACAAAGCAGGAAGCUAUUGAUGAGGUGAAGAGGCAGUGGCAAGAGGAAGUAGCUUCACUGCAAGCUAUUAUGAAAGAGACUGUUCGUGACUAUGAGCUCCAGUACCAUCACAGGAUGGAACAAGAACGAGCUCAGUGGAAUCAGUAUCGUGAGAACGUGGAACGAGAAAUAGCAGAGUUAAGAAGACGACUGUCUGAAGGCCAAGAGGAAGAAAAUCUUGAAAAUGAAAUGAAAAAGGCCCAGGAAGAUGCUGAGAAGCUUCGUUCGGUUGUGAUGCCCAUGGAGAAAGAGAUUGCAGCACUAAAGGAGAAGUUGAUAGAAGCUGAAGAAAAAAUAAAGGAGUUAGAAGCAUCAAAGGUUAAAGAACUGAACCAUUAUCUGGAAGCUGAGAAGUCCUGUAGGACAGACUUAGAGAUGUACGUGGCUGUCCUCAACACGCAGAAAUCUGUCCUGCAAGAGGAUGCAGAGAAGUUGCGGAAAGAGCUUCAUGAAGUCUGCCAUCUCUUAGAGCAAGAGCGACAACAGCACAACCAGUUGAAACACACGUGGCAAAAAGCCAAUGACCAGUUCUUGGAGUCCCAGCGUUUGCUGAUGAGAGACAUGCAACGUAUGGAGAUUGUCCUGACCUCUGAGCAGCUUCGACAGGUCGAAGAACUGAAAAAAAAAGAUCAGGAAGAAGAUGAUCAGCAGAGACUUAGCAAAAGAAAGGAACAGAAACAGAAAGAUUCAGACGAUGAAACAAAAGCUUCGUGUUCUUUAGCCCAUGAGGAAUCCCUUACCCAGUUCUCUAAUGAAGAGGUGCAUUUAAAUAGCACCCACAGCUCAGUCCAUUCGUUGGACGCAGACUUGCUUCUGUCUUCUGGUGAAUCGUUCAAUAAAUCAGAAAACGAUAUGUUUAAAGAUGGACUACGGAGAGCACAGUCAACAGACAGUCUAGGGACAUCUGGAUCUUUACAGUCCAAAGCUUUAGGAUACAACAACAAAGCAAAAUCUGCUGGGAACCUGGAUGAGUCAGAUUUUGGACCACUUGUUGGAGCAGAUUCAGUGUCUGAGAACUAUGAUACAGCUUCCCUUGGGUCUCUGCAAAUGCCUAGUGGGUUUAUGUUAACCAAAGAUCAGGAGAAAGCAAUCAAAGCAAUGACACCAGAGCAAGAAGAGACUGCUUCACUUCUUUCCAGUGUUACACAAGGAGUUGAAAGCGCAUAUGUGUCUCCUAGCGGUUACCGCUUGGUGAGCGAGACAGAGUGGAAUCUGCUGCAGAAAGAGGUGCAGAAUGCAGGGAACAAGCUGGGUAGGCGCUGCGAUAUGUGCUCGAAUUAUGAGAAGCAGUUGCAAGGUAUCCAGAUUCAGGAGGCUGAAACAAGAGACCAGGUGAAAAAGCUGCAGGUGAUGCUGAGGCAGGCUAAUGACCAGCUGGAAAAAACAAUGAAAGAUAAACAGGAAUUGGAGGAGUAUAUGAAACAAAGUGCUGAAGACUCCUCUAAUCAGAUCUCUUUGCUAAUGGUUAAAUGUCAGAAGUCAGAGAAUUUCCUCAAUGAACUGCAGCAGGCGUUUUCUCAAGCAAAGAGAAGUGUGCAGGAGCAAAUGGCUGUUCUGACGCAGUCAAGGGAGCAGGUUUCAGAAGAGUUGGUGAGACUGCAGAAAGAUAAUGAAAGUCUUCAAGGAAAACAUAGCUUACAUGUGUCUUUACAACAAGCUGAAGAUUUCAUUCUACCAGAAGCAGCAGAGGAGCUCCGGGAGCUGAUUUUAAAGUAUCGUGAAGACAUCAUUAGUGUACGGACAGCAGCAGAUCACCUGGAGGAGAAACUUAAGGCAGAGAUUUUAUUCUUAAAAGAACAGAUUCAAGCUGAACAGUAUUUGAAAGAAAACAUAGAAGAAACUCUACAGCUGGAAAUAGAGAAUUGCAAAGAGGAAAUCGCUUCCAUUUCCAGUUUAAAAGCUGAACUGGAAAGAAUAAAAGUGGAGAAAGAGCAGUUAGAAAGUUCUUCACAGGAAUACCUGCAGCAGCUGGAGAGUCUGCAGGAAACAAAAAACACUCUGGAAGAACAGCUGAAGAAGGAAACAGCAGCAAAGGCAAACCUUGAACAGCUGGUGUUUGAAGAGAAGAAUAAAGCUCAGAGGCUGCAGACUGAAUUAGAUGUCAGUGAGCAAGUUCAGAGAGAUUUUGUAAAGCUUUCUCAGACACUUCAGGUGCAGCUGGAGCGGAUCCGGCAGGCAGAUUCCCUGGAGAGAAUCCGUGCAAUCCUGAAUGACACAAAACUGACGGACAUUAAUCAGCUUCCUGAAACAUGACACCCUGAGGAGCGUGCUCCAAGGCUGCAUUUGGGGUUUUUAACUCAUCUUUAUAGCAACAUUAAUUAUUAUUUAACUCUAACUGAAAGAGCAGAAGACAACAGAGGGGAGCAAUGACUUAAGUUUUAUUUCUAGAGGGGAAAAGGUUUCGUGCUGGGCAGGAAGAGAGCACAAGAGUGACUUGUUGUGUAGGAAGGAGAACUUUCUAAUGGAAACACUAAUGGGUGCGGUGUUUCGUGUUCCACUGAGUGGGAUCAGUCCUUACAUUCUGAAAAACUUCCCCUCUUUCAGCCAACUUCGUAACCUGAUGUAGAAUUUUGGAACAUUUACCCCUGUUUUUUCCCUUUGUCCUUUCCCCUCACUACUGUGAUCAAAGUAGCUGCUGGAAACCAUAUUGUCCCUCCAAAACAUUGAAGAGCAAAGUGGUUGAAGUUUUUCUGUUUGAAUAGUCAGUAACAGUAUUCAGCUAGCAGAGAGAAUGAGGUGUAGAGUAUGCUGUAUGAAUAUUUUAUAUUAAAAUAUGACUUUAUUAGCAGGACACUGGAUAUUGAUCUUAUUUCAUAACUCAGUGUUGUAUUUUUUUUUUAACCAUUGACUUUGUGUUGAAGAAUCUGAAUGCUGCUGAAAUGUGGUGGUCACGAGUGAGCUGUGUGUCUCCUGAACAGAUAAAUGCCAAUCCAAAAAACUCUGAAAACUGUACUGAGAACGUAGCUCCUUGAAAUGCUUCCUUUGAAUUCUGAUCCUUAAAGAAAAGCACAAGAAAUGCACUGUUUUGUAAUCUCUUUUCACAAAUGUAAUUUAAAACGUGGAAUUACAACUAGUUCUUUCUCAUCUUGAAAGCUGAGCAGUACCUGUAAUUCCUUUUCCACCUGAAGAAAAUACGUUAGCAAGAACCGUGUGCGUUGUCUGAGCACUGGCUUGGGGUUUGUGCAGGGCAGCUUUGCUCUGGUAGGUGGCACCAGGCAUGGUCAAGGUAAGAUGUUGAACAAAGCAAAGUCAACUUGACCCUCCUGGGUCAGUUUUAAUAGUAUACAAAACAGUGAUGGCACUCUGUCACAGAGCACAAAUGCGCUGGAGCUGCAUUAUUCUGCUGGUCCAAGUUGGAAGGGUGCAGUGCAUCUCUUACUUAGAAGUACGGUAUUGUGUUAUUGCUCAGAGUUGAUUCAUACGCUGUCCUGUAUUUCUGUAAGCUUGCAUUUAAAUUACACUCUGUAACACAACAGCUAAGGCAGGACAUUCUUGUGAUUGAUCAGGUUUUAGGUUUGGGAUUUUUAUAUGAGUAACAUGAUGGUAACAUAAGCAUUCCUCCUUUUCCUCCUUUUAGUGGAGUUUCAUGCACGCAGUUGAAUAGGAACAGUUUAAUGUAUGGAUGUGAUAAUAGUGGUGGUACAUAUUGAGUUCUUGGACUAGUCCCUAGGAAAGACUCAAUUCGAAGAGAAGAGGCUGAGAGAGCAGCUUGUUUUUGUCCAGAAUUUGUAACUUAAGCUUUCUGCUGUUGUUUACUGUUUUCUUUGCAUACCAUAGAUCUGGUGAUGAAAAAACAGAAGUGACAGAGAAUGCUCUGUACUGUAUUGCACAUGACUAUAUUUUGUUAGGUACUUUAAUCCUAUUUUAGCAGCGUAUGUCCUGCUACUAACAUAAAGUUUUGGUUUUGGAGAGGAAUGCCUUAAAAACAGCCAAAAAGAAGCAUAUGAGCUCAGUUGAUUAUCAUUUAUUGCAAGAAAUAAAGCAUUUUAUUCACCCUAGAAAUUAAUUUCUUUCAUAAUCGUGACACUUCAAACCCAUUUUUCCUGCCUUAUUAACGACUCGAGUAAUAGGUGGCAGGGUUGUCAUCUUCCAGAUGACUUACUGAAUCCUUGUUUCAUUUAAAAGAAGUUGAAAUGUGACUUAGGUUCUUUAUUUUGGGUUUUUAAAUCUCUCUCAGCAUUUACUGAACUGUGAGGUGACAGCAGCUGCCUUCUGAUGCAGAAAUCUAAUAGCAGAUGUUUUGCAUUCAGUUUUCCAAAGGUUUAGCAUUGUAUUCUGUUGAAUAAAAAUCUUGGGUGGGCUAAGAUAGGUCUUUAUUAAGGAGCUGCAGGCUGGAAGGCUUUUUUCCUGUAUUCUCUUCCUUCCAUAAAACUGACUCUUAACUGGUUACUGGUUGUUAACCUGUGCAGCAGUGAUUUAAGGAAGCCUGUUUUCUGGUUAAACUACAGUGAUGACAUGCAUCUUCUGAGCAAGCUGAACACUUGCAGAAUUGCACCUGAAGACACAUGCAGAAAAAAAGAAUUUUUGGUUGAGUUUAUGGACUGUUUUUGUAAUGCAAGAGAACUGUUAAUGGCAUUUCAGCAUCCCUUUCUAGUCCGACUGUCAGUGCCUAUCAUCAGCAGCCCCAUCUUCCUGCCUGUUCUCGCAGGCCAUGCAUGACCAUUUUUGAUUGCUUUGGAUUGUGCAGGGCUGGUGAGUCUUUUCCUUAGUGAAUUUUUACAAAUGGUUGGCCAGACUUUCUGUAGGCGUGAUGGUGUCAGAUUGCAGAUGAUGAUGGCUGCAGGGAGCCUUUCUGCAGUCCUUAGAGGAGAGCAGGUGAGGGAGAGAUCGGUCUGUGGUCAUUCAUAGACACAGUAGUGAUUACAGCGGUUGCAGAAUGAAGUUGUGCACGUGUGUGUGUGUCCGUAUGCAUGCUUGUGUGUUCUUCCCAGUGACCAGUGAUGGCCUGUAGGCCUGGUCUGAGGCUGGAGGUGUAUGCAGUAGGGCUCAAAAGGGACUAAUGAGCACUCACCUGAAAGGAGUGGUGCUGGCUGCUGAGUUCCUUGGUGAUGAACCAGUACUUGCAUGUGUCACUGGAGUGACGUCCUUUGGUUUGGAGAGGAAGGAGAUACAGCGAUGGUGUGAUUGUUUUCCUUUGUACCACCUUACUCCAUCGUGCACCCUUACUCCUGCUUUAGUACUGUGACCAUUUUGAGGCUGGAAAAUGAGUGAUCUUUUUCACCAACAACUGCUGAUUAAAAGUUUAUUUUCAAUUUAGAAACGUAUCCAUCCACAAAAGUGGUGGGCGAUGCAGAACCAAAUGUGCUGGGGAAGGGAAGCACAGUUUCAGAGGUGGUAACUCAAGCUUCAGCUGAACACAAACGUAAGAAAUAGUAAAGUGGCCUUUAAAAAAAAAAAUUAGGAGUGCCAAAUUUGCAGAGCACUUAUUAAACCACCGUUGAUGAAGUGUAGUUCAAAAUUCUUGCUGUAAAGCUGCAGAUGCUCACUCAGUGGAUUGUGAUGAUACCGCUUAUAAUAAAUCAGAGACUAAACACUCUUCCCUCCAGUUCUUGGCUUUCUGGAGCUUGUUUUGAAUGGGGUGGUAGGUUCUCCUCACUCAGUAAGAGUUUGUGUUUUUUUAACAGGCGCUACUUCUAACCUGGCAGUUCAGCUCUGAUACACAGGGUGAGUGGAUUAGAAAGCAGAUUCUAUUUAUGCAGUCUGUAAAAGGGGCAAGAUCAAGUUUUGUAUGCAUUCCUAUACUUGUAUAGUCUUAAUCUGUACAAAAAAAGUGUUCUUGCAGCAUGUAUGGUAACCUAGUUACCUAACAGGUAAUAACAGUCCUCCUUUCCUUACAGCUUUACUUUGGCACCUCUUGCCGUGCCACUUUUGUAGCAGUGCAGUACUACUUUUCAAAACUGAGCUUGACCAUGUCACCUUUUGAAAGGGGAAGCGUGGGGGAGAGGGGAAGAAACAAGACUAUUUAUUGUCCACUUAAGUUUGUCUACAGCAGAUAAUUGGCCUUUUAAUGUCAAGACAGAGUCAGCUUUUGAUAGAGGCAAACUGAGUGUUUGGAAGUUAAUACUGCAUUCCGGUGAACCAAGCCAUUGGUGUCCUGUGCAAUUGUGGAUGUAGAAUUCUGCUGUCUACAGGAUUCAAGUGUAACCAUUUGUUAACUGUAUUGAAGGUGUGUCCUUUAUGAAGAAAGUGUUCCCAAUUAAAAAAAAAAAGCUGCUGAA